GGGAGCGGGGCUGGGUCCGGCCUGGGAGGAGUCCGGUCGAAACCUGGGCCUGCGAUCCCCGACUCGGUUUUGCCCGCUGCCCGGGGCGGUCGAAGCGCAGCGGCCCGGCUCGCUCCCGCGCCCCUCGGAGCGCCCAGAGCCCGCGGUCCUUGGCGUCGAGCUCAGCGGUGUCCGACCCCGGCGCGUCUCUGGCCGCCAUGGCCGCCGCCGCGGGCCUGCGGGCCUUGGGGGCGAAGGGGUCGGGCUGGCUCCGGCGCGGCCCGUGGCCUCCGCUCACCGCCGGCUUCUGCAGCGGGGGACCGGCCGGGGUCGGGCGGCCGGAGCCGGGGUCGCGACCCACCAGCACGCGGCAGCGGGACGGCCUCAGGUCAGCGGCCCGCGGGCGUGCGGGGCUGUUCCCAGGGAGCGUGGCCGGCGGGACCCGGGAAGAGAGAGGGGCGGAGAAGGCCGGGUCGCAGACCGCGCCACCCCACGCGGAGUACAGCGAGGCUCGGUCAGUGGUCAGCUCCGCCCGCCAGGAGCCCAGUUUAUCCAUCACAGCGGAUCGGUCCGGCGGAGAAGUCCGACGUGGAGGGAAUCCGCGGAUGCUGCGUUUACAGACGUCCCUUGCCUGGGCCCAGUGGCCUUCGCGACCCUGCAGGACGCACACGGAGGAUUUAAGUGGGGCUACCUGGGAGGCCUCCAGCACUGCCUUUAAACCCAGGCCAAGUCGACAGUGCAGUUGGGCUCAGCGUGGGCAGCCUUGUGGGAGGCUGCACCGCUGCUGUACCUUUGAGAAAGCCCUUCAGUAAAGGGUUCUGUGCCUCACAAACUUGACCUGGCUCCGAGGCGAGGUCAGGCAUAGCCGAGCUGCUCCUUGGCCAUCAUCUAGCAGUGCCCACGUGAGGGCAGGAACGAUUUUGCUGAAUUACAGGAUGUCGCUACAGAGGAGGAGCGUUGUCUUAAGUGAUCCAAAGAGAAGAAACGCGCUGUCACUGGCGACGCUGAGAUCUCCAAAACGACAUUCUUCACGAAGCCGAAAGCCAAGAUCUGAAGGUCAUGAUGCUGAUCCAGACCCACCCGGUCCCCAUCAUCGCGUGGUGAAUGGCCUGGCCACUGCUGCCGGGUGUCAGCUGGUUGCCAGCUGUGACAUUGCUGUGGCGAGUGACAAGUCCUCCUUUGCCAUGCCGGGCGUGAACAUCGGGCUCUUCUGCUCCACCCCCGGGGUGGCCUUGGGGAGAGUGGUGCUGAGAAAGGUGGCCUUGGAGGUGCUCUUCACCGGGGAGCCCGUUUCUGCACGGGAGGCCCUGCUCCACGGGCUGCUGAGCAGGGUGGUGCCGGAGGACGAGACCACGCAGAUGGCGAAGAAGGUGGCCUCGCCGGACCAGCCCGUGCUGUCGCUGGGCAAAGCCGCCCUCUACAGGCAGCUGGCUCGGGACCUCAGGACCGCCUGCCACCUCACCUCCCAGAUGAUGGUGGACAACCUGGGCCUGCCGGAUGCCCAGGAGGGGGUCAAGGCCUUCCUCCAGAAGAGGAAGCCCGUCUGGUCACACUGAGCAGCCUCAUCAGAGGAACCGGGGGCCGUGAGCCCAGUGGGCAGCGCUCAGGGAUCCCCCCCACCGGCCCCACCCGUGACCUUCUGACCCCCAGACACCACCGCUGCCUCGUGACUGUAGCAGAGCCAGCCAGCUUUUCCAGCAUCAGUCACGUCUCAGUGCACGGGGUCUGGGUUACGAGUCAGCGCUCCCUGGGGAAGGGGUGACCUGGAGAGUCGGGUGCUAACGUGAGCGGAAGGGCUGUGAGCACACAAGAAAGCCCAUGUGUGAUGCUCCUUCCCAGGACCUUAGAUGAGGGGAUGCCCCCCCCAGGGGAGAAGGUGAAGAUAAAACUGAGGCGAGAAGGAAGGAUUUCAGCCCGACUCUGUGACCAGAAAGGUGGAGGUGGUGCCAGUUGCCUACGACAGAAACAUUGCAGAUCUUCACGAGACGCUCUCCCCUCUGGAAAUCUUCCUGAUUCUAUUGAGAAAUAAUCAUGCCUCUGGCUUUGGGAUAAUCUUAUGGGGUCUUUUAAAGAUUACCUAUUUAGAGAGACUGGUAAUUUUAACUCCCCAACCAGACUGUAAGCUGGUUGAGAGAAGAAAAUCAAAGAACUCUGUCUUUGAUGCCUGUGCUGAUGGACGUCUGGUAGGUGCCUGGUGCUUCUGUAAUGAAGGUCCCUGCCACCAGGAUACUGGGAACCUGGACCCUGGGCUAAACCUGAGGAUAAAAGCAUCAGGGAGAGAAAGGAGGGACGCAGAACACACAUUGUCCCCACGAAAGAUCACUUCCCCUGGAAGCAUUUCCAAACUCUGCUCAGCUUCUGGUGAAGAAUCCUGACUAGCCUCGAGCACUUGAGUUCCCCAAAGGUGGUUCAGGACCUAAACGUCUUACCUCCUGGCUUCUGGUCCACUUAGGCCCCGGAAGUGGCCCAGACCGCGCCUCCGCAAGCUCACACCUGGGGCUGAUCACGUUUGUUAAGGGCCAAUUUUUUUUUAACCUACGAUUAGAGUGGCCGUAAAUGUAAUUCGUACCAAAGACAGAGACCCGUGAGGCUCUACCCGGUGGUUCUCAUUCUAAUCACGGGGGCAAGCAGCCCCUGGAAGGGAGGUCCCCUAGUGGGUUUCUAUUGAGAUUGGCCUUUUUUUUUUUUUUUUUU